AUGGUUGGAGGCAGUGCACGAAGCAGGUGGUGGGAGUACCUGUCGGGGUUGUGGGCAGAGGAGGCUAACUAUUGCGGCAAUAAUAAUACUAGAAAAACGAAUAAUAUCACUUCUAUACGCCGCAUAUACUCACAAAAACUAACUAUCUAUCUAUCUAUCUAUCUAUCUAUCUAUCUAUCUAUCUAUCUAUCUAUCUAUCUUUUUUCAAUCUGUCCCUAUCUAUCUAUCUAUCUAUCUAUCUAUCUAUCUCAAUCUGCAUCUCCCACAAUGUUAGUAUCUAUCUCCCUUUCACUCCCACUCUCUCUAACUAUCUAUUUUCGCGUCUCUCACUCUGUUAGUAUCUAUCUAUCUAUCUAUCUAUCUAUCUAUAUAUCUAUCUAUCUAUAUAUCUAUCUAUCUUUUUCAAUCUGUCCCUAUCUAUCUCAGUAUCUAUCUAUCUAUCUCAGUUAUCUAUCUAUCUAUCUAUCUAUCUAUCUAUCUAUCUAUCUAUCUAUCUAUCUUGUCUGCUCAUGUCUCUCUCUCUCUCUCUCUCUCUCUCUCUCUCUCUGUAUCUAG